AGUAAAUUCGAUCGUUCCAAAAUGGCUGUCGAAACGCAGUCUCUCCGUGAAGAAUUAAUAAAAGCAAAAGAAAGUCUUAGAGAUUUGGAUGUUAAUAUAAAGAAAUUGACGGGUCGUGAUCCAUCAGAGAGGCGUAAUGAUCGAUCCGAUGAAGUUUUACGACCUGAGGAGCGCCGAAGACGUGGAAUUGUUACAGUCGGUCCAGGUGUAGGUAGAAAAUUCCAAACAAGGAGAAAUCAAGAUGAUGACGGAAAUACUGCACCUCCCGUAAAAAAACGUGCUAUGGGGAGUGCUUUUGAUAGAUUGGGCCCAAGACCUUCGACCGCAGGCGUAAGAUCUAGAUUAGGAAUGCGUCAACAAGCAAACGAAGAUUAUAAUGAGGAUGAUGAUGACGAAGCUCACGUUAAGAGAAAAGUUCAAUCUUCGGUUGUUGCUGCGCCUUCAACAGGACCAGCCAAGAAAGAUAUUGUUCAAGUUCUAAAUAAGGAUAAAGCUAGAAAUCAACGGAUGUUUGGUGCUCUGCUGGGAACUCUAAAGAAAUUUCAGAAAGAUCAAAAUAAAGAUAAAGAAAAGGAGGAACAAAGAGCUGAGCUUUUGAAAAAAUUGGAAAAAAAGGAAGAGGCUGAGAAAGAAGAGAUGCGUAAGGAGAGAGAACAACUUUUUCAAGAAAGAAAGACUCGCCAAAGGGAACUGCGAACAGCCGAAUUAAAAGUAUCAAUAAUGGAAAACCAUGAGCUGUGGGAAAGAGAAACUCGUCGCUUAACAAAAUUCAUUCGUACGAAAGCUAAGCCACAGAUUUUUUACGCCCCAAAGUCUCAUAUUCCUGAGUCUGAAAAGCUCAGGAAGGAAACAGAAGAUCUACUAGAGGCUGAUAUUGAGAAAAGGAAAAAGGCUUUAAAUCUCGAAUUAGAGAAGAUUCAAAACGCCGCGCUUGCGAGAGAUAAAAAGUUCAGUGAGUCGAUGAAGGAAAAUACAAGUACAAGCGUUAGUAGUAGUAAGCAUCAUAUACGUAGUCGUAGGUCUAGGUCGUCCUCUGGUAGUUCAGAGUCUGAUCAAAGUCCUGAACGAGAGCAAAUUUUUGAUAAUAAUGAUCAGAAAAGUGUUAAGGGAAGCAAAGAUAAACAAAUGAUUGAACAACUUGAUAAAGAUGUUGAUUUAAGUGAAAAUGUCAUUACUGGUGAAAAAAUUAUCCCACAAGAGGAAAAUCAAGUUGUUGAGAAUAUGGAGAGUAGUACACCAACAGUUCAGAGCGACGUUAAAACAGCAACCGAUACUAAAGAAGAGGAACCAUCAGACAAAAUAAAGGAUAAUAAAAAGGAAGAAAAUGAAGAUACGUCUAAACAGAGGAAUGAUUUCAAAUCGUCUAAGAAAUCCACUCCUGAUACACAUAAACGGCCAGAAAAGGGAAGGGAUAGCAGUUUAGACAAAAAGGACUAUAGGGGGGAAAGGCGCAGAAGACGUAGUAGUGACAGAGAUAUUAGAAAUCGCAUGAAGCAUCGCCCCAAUAUACAGGAGAAAAGCAGACGAGGUCAUGAUUAUAAAUACAGUCGUAAUGACAGACCCUCUGACUAUAGACGGCGUCGCUCACCCAUAUCAAAACCUAGACGCCGACACUCGCGUAGCCCAGUAAGAGCCAGAACACGACGUGAUUCACGCAAUACUAGCCAUAAGAGACGUCGCUCUUCCAGCAGUAGCAGCAGUAACAGUAGUAGUUCUAGCAAUAAUGGCAGUCAUUCUAGCUCCCGCAGCAGAUCUAGAGGUAGGGAUAGGUCAGAAACAGAAAGAAAGAAGAAAGUUGAUAUCAAAUCUAGUGAAAUAGAUUUGCAACAAAUUCCAACCCCCGAUGAUGCAAAACCAAUGGAAAGUUUAGAUUCUAUUCAAUUGCCCCCUACUGAACCGCUUCCUCCUGGCCUCCCACCUGGACCACCACCUUCACAAUAA